UUUACCGACCCUUUCUUUCGAGUGUUCGACUGUUCGUUACUCAGCAACCGGAAUCGAAUCCAUUGAACGGUUAGCUUUUAUGGUUGAAACGUUACCGCGUUUCUUUAACAGAGGCUCCCUGUUUUUCCAUGGCCAAAACGGCACCGAACUUGUGUUUCUCUCCUCUAAAUCAGAACCAAAACCGUGAAGAAAGCUUUUUCAAACCUCAAAAUGGUUGCUUCAUCCCUAAACCUAAUUCAAAAACCACUCUUUUAUCUCCAUUUCUCAGCUCUUACACCCCCAUCCAAAUCUCAGCUACACCAGGAAAAACCAUUGAUAACCAGGUUACAGAUUAUAAUGCCAGAAUCUUUCAAUUCUGUCAGUUGGGUAAUCUUCACAAUGCCAUGGAAUUGCUUUCCAUGUCUCCAAACUCUGAACUUGAAUCUAAAACUUACUGCUCAAUUUUACAGCUUUGUGCUGAUUUAAAAGCAUUGAAGGAUGGAAAAAAGGUUCAUUCAAUUAUUAAUUCUAAUGGUGUUGCAGUUGAUGAAGUCUUGGGCUCAAAGCUUGUAUCCUUUUAUGUAACUUGUGGGGAUUUAAAGGAAGGGAGGGCGAUUUUUGAUGAAAUGGAAAAAAAGAAGGUUUUUUUGUGGAAUUAUAUGCUGAAUGAGUGCGCAAAAUUUGGUGAUUUUAAGGAGAGUAUAUAUUUAUUCAAGAUGAUGAUGAAAAAGGGAAUUGAAGUGGACUCUUAUACUUUUUCUUGUAUUUUGAAGUGUUUAGCAGCUUCAGGAGGUCUGAAAGAAGGUGAACGUGUUCAUGGCUAUUUGUUAAAAUUGGGUUUCGGUAGUUAUAAUAGUGUUGUGAACUCUCUUAUUACCUUCUACUUCAAGGGCAAAAGAGUUGAAAGUGCGUCUGAACUGUUUGAUGAAUUGAUUGAUAGAGAUGUUAUAUCAUGGAAUUCCAUGAUAAGUGGCUAUGUGUCAAAUGGUCUUGCAGAGAAAGGGCUGGAGGUCUUUAAAGAGAUGUUGUGUUUGGGUAUUGAUGUGGAUUUGGCUACUAUUGUUACUGUUCUUGUGGGUUGUGCAAAUUCUGGUACUCUUUCAUUGGGGAAGGCUGUUCAUGCUUUGGCAAUAAAAGCUUGUUUUGAGAGGAAACUCAAGUUUAACAAUACUUUGUUGGAUAUGUAUUCAAAAUGUGGUGAUCUGGAUGGUGCCCUCAGAGUUUUUGAGAAGAUGGGUGAAAGAAAUGUUGUGUCAUGGACUUCUAUGAUAGCGGGUUAUACUCGGGAUGGUCAGUCUGAUGGUGCUAUCAGAUUGCUCCAACAAAUGGAGAGGGAAGGUGUUAAACUAGAUGUAGUUGCUAUCACGAGCGUUCUUCAUGCUUGUGCUAGAAGUGGCUCACUGGAGAACGGCAAGGAUGUACAUGAUUACAUAAAGGCAAAUAAUGUGGAAUCGAAUUUAUUUGUGUGUAAUGCCCUCAUGGACAUGUAUGCUAAAUGUGGAAGCAUGGAAGAUGCAAAUUCUAUUUUUUCUCGGAUGGCUGUGAAGGACAUUAUUUCUUGGAAUACCAUGAUUGGAGGUUACUCAAAGAAUUGCCUUCCGAAUGAAGCUCUUAAAAUGUUAGCUGCGAUGCUCAAAGAACUGAAGCCUGACAGCAGAACACUGGCAUGUAUUCUUCCUGCUUGUGCCAGCUUAGCUGCUCUAGAAAGAGGAAAAGAGAUUCAUGGUCACAUAUUGAGAAAUGGAUAUUUUUCAGAUCGACAUGUUGCCAAUGCACUUGUUGACCUUUACGUUAAGUGUGGAGUUCUGGCUCUUGCACGAUUACUCUUUGAUAUGAUUUCUUCAAAAGAUCUAGUCUCAUGGACAGUAAUGAUUGCUGGAUAUGGCAUGCAUGGGUUUGCGAAUGAAGCUAUUACUACCUUCAAUGAGAUGAGAGAUGCAGGAAUUGAGCCUGAUGAAGUUUCCUUUAUUUCCAUACUGUAUGCUUGCAGUCAUUCUGGACUGCUUGAGGAAGGUUGGAGAUUCUUCUAUAUUAUGAGAAACGAUUACAACAUUGAGCCCAAAUUGGAGCACUAUGCUUGUAUGGUAGAUCUUCUUUCUCGGACUGGUAAUCUUUCAAAGGCAUUUCACUUCAUUGAAAGAAUGCCUAUAGCACCAGAUGCCACAGUCUGGGGAGCUGUUCUUUGUGGUUGCAGGAUUUACCAUGAUGUUAAAUUAGCUGAGAGAGUUGCAGAACGUGUUUUUGAGCUAGAGCCAGAAAAUACUGGGUAUUAUGUACUUUUAGCAAAUAUCUAUGCAGAGGCAGAGAAGUGGGAGGAAGUGAAAAGAGUGAGAGAGAGGAUUGGCAGGAAGGGCUUAAGAAAGAACCCAGGCUGCAGUUGGAUAGAGAUAAAAGGCAAAGUUAAUCUCUUUGUCGCUGGAGAUAGUUCACACCCACAAUCCAAGAAGAUAGAAUCUCUACUAAAGAAGUUAAGAAGAAAGAUGAAGGGAGAAGGCUAUUUCCCUAAAACGAAAUAUGCUUUGAUUAAUGCAGAUGACAUACAAAAAGAAAUGGCUCUCUGUGGGCACAGUGAGAAAUUAGCCAUGGCUUUCGGAUUACUAAGCUUGCCACCUAGCAAAACAAUACGAGUAACCAAGAAUCUCAGAAUAUGUGGUGACUGUCAUCAAAUGGCUAAGUUCAUGUCCAAGGAAACUGGUAGAGAAAUUGUCCUGAGAGAUUCAAAUCGAUUUCACCAUUUUAAGGAUGGAUAUUGUUCUUGCAGAGGAUUCUGGUGACCAGGCGUUCAAACAGGGCUGUCUUAACUCAAAAGACUUGGCGGUUAACAUAAGCAUUAGUGAAUUAGAUUUUUUUUCGUAAUUACCAGCCUUUUGUAUCACUUAAUACACAAAAAGAUUCGAAUUUUCCAUUUAUUUAGUAGGGAAGGUGUGGAAAUUCGGAAAAGCGAAUCCUGCAAAGCAAUAAGACAACCAUUCUAUAGGAUAA